ACCGAUUCUUUUCACACGCAAAUCAACAAGAAGGACCUGCAUUUGGCCUUGCGUGAUUGGCUAAUCUUCGUAUAGUCCCGCCCACUCCGGAACACGACUAUCACGCUAGUUUGUCUCUCCGUGCUGUCUGACUGCACACAUACCCACAGCACUGACGCGGCCCUCCGUUUAGAAACUGCUGUGAUUUCAGACGCACAAAAUAUCCGAACUGGGCAGUAUACAAGCGCAGAAUAACCACACGGGGAUCGUCUAUGAAACAAGAGCGAGCACGCGCCGCACAUAGUGGUGCAAAUGUAAGGGAAUAUAUCUGCAGACCACAGCUGCCACACUGAUGACAGAGAGAGGGAAGUCAGUUAGCCAGCUAACCAGCCACAGCUAAACUCGACUACCAGACAGGUACAUGUGCGGAGAUCUUAACGGUACAGCGACAGCCUGCACCUCGAGCAUCUGACCGGAGCCGGACGUCCUCUACAGAGAGUAACCGCAGACUGAACAGUAAGAGCCAUGAGGAAGGUGACACUGCACCGUGUUGCCCGGCUCGUCCUCGCAGCUCUGUGGCUGUUGGUGGACGAGUGUCGGGCUGAGACCGGGGCCCAGAGUCUGACCGAGCGGGUCAUCUGGGCUGUCAACGCCGGCGGGGACGCGCACACGGACAUGCACGGCAUUCAUUAUAAAAAAGAUCCACUGGAAGGAAAAUUGGGCAAAGCAUCAGACUACGGUAUCCGUCUGCCGAUCCUGCGCUCCAGCCCGGAGGAUCAGGUUCUUUACCAGACAGAGCGAUACAACGAGGAUACAUUUGGUUAUGAAAUACCUAUAAGAGAAGAAGGAGACUACAUACUGGUCAUGAAAUAUGCUGAGGUUUACUUUGCUCAGUCUCAACAAAAGGUUUUCGAUGUACGCUUAAAUGGCCACGUUGUGGUGAAGGAUCUGGAUAUUUUUGACCGUGUGGGUCACAGCACGGCUCAUGAUGAAAUAGUGCCAUUCUCAAUAAAAAGAGGAAAACUAAGUGUGCAUGGUGAAGUUUCCACUUUUAAUGGGAAACUCACCGUAGAGUUUGUCAAGGGUUACUAUGACAACCCCAAGAUAUGUGCACUAUAUGUGAUGAAGGGCAAGCUAGAGGAUGUGCCUAAGCUGCAGCCACAUCCUGGACUGGAAAAGAGAGAGGAAGAGGAGGAGGAAGAGGACGACGGGGAGGGGGGAGAAAGUGAAAAGAAGAGUGCCUCCACCUCUCCCAAGAAUCCGGUUCGGUCUGGGCCACGCACCCCAAACCCGUACGCCACUGACAACAGCAGCCUGAUGUUCCCUAUACUUGUGGCAUUCGGGGUCUUCAUCCCAACCCUCUUCUGCCUCUGCCGCCUGUGAGGGGAACAAGUGAACGAGAGGAGAAGCAGCGGACAUCAGGCUGUGGAGGGGUGGGGGGGACUGGGCCGCACAGCCGUGGGGACAGGCAGAAAUAUAGACUGACGCUACAACAGAUAGAGAGAGCAAAAGGUGGGAGAGAGACAUGCAGAAAUUAGGAGGUUUCAGAUAUUGCUGGUUUUUUAAAUUGGUGACCCGGAAAAUUUUGAGCACGAGUUCAUUUUAUGUGUCUGUUUGUGCUUGUGUUCGUACACAUUUAAUACCAAUCUUAGUUUGAGGAGAUCCGAGCGGUUCUGAUUGAAUACACACACAUCUGCGGCAGGACUAACCACUUCACAAACCUGGUUAGUCCUGUCUAGCAGGAGAUAGUGAGGAGACACACCUAGAUCACGUGUCAUUGUUAUUGGCUAGGUGUAUAUUUCUGAUCGGCUGUGGUGUUGAUCUGCUGAUUUUCGGCCUCUAGUGGGAGGCAGAAAUGGUACAUGAAUUUUCAGAACCAGUUUGACAGUUUGAUCAUUUGGUUAAAGCAUCUAAAUCUCAGCGGCAAAUCAUAAAGUGUUUUUGUUGUAUUAAGUGAUUUGACACCUCGGUUUCUAUUUACCUCACGU